GAAUGGCAAAAGCAGCAAAAGACACUAGACCAAUUGCAGACUAAGCUACUUCAGAGACUGCAUGCACUUAUGCAGCUCUCAUCUUGUAUGAAGAUAAUCAAGAUGUACAUGAAUCUAUCUAAAUCAGAUCGAUUCUACUAAAUUAGCUAAGAUCAUUAAGGCAGCUAAUAUAAGAGUUGAACCAAUUUGGACAAAAGUUUUUGAAAAGGCAUUGAAAGGCAAAAAGGUUGGUGAUUUAUUACAUGGAAGCAGUGGAAAUACAGGAAGUACACCAGCAACACAAACUACAGCAACACCAGCUGCAGCAGAAACUAAGAAACCUGAACCUGUAAAGGAGGUUAAGAAAGCUGAAGAACCAGAAGAAGAUGUUGAUAUGGGAGGUUUAUUUGAUUGAA